UACCAGGCAUACCAGUACCGGGCAUACCAGUACCGGGCAUACCAGUACCGGGCAUACCAGUACCGGGCAUACCAGUACCGGGCAUACCAGUACCGGGCAUAUCAGUACCAGGCAUACCAGUACCGGGCAUACCAGUACCGGGCAUACCAGUACCGGGCAUAUCAGUACCAGGCAUACCAGUACCAGGCAUAUCAGUACCAGGCAUACCAGUACCGGGCAUACCAGUACCGGGCAUACCAGUACCCGGCAUACCAUUACCGGGCAUACCAUACCGGGCAUACCAGUACCAAGGCAUAUCAGUACCAGGCAUACCAGUACCAUGCAUAUCAGUACCAGGCAUACCAGUACCAGGCAUACCAGUACCAGGCAUACCAGUACCGGGCAUACCAGUACCGGGCAUACCAGUACCGGGCAUAUCAGUACCGGGCAUACCAGUACCGGGCAUACCAGUACCGGGCAUACCAGUACCAAGCAUACCAGUACCGGGCAUACCAGUACCGGGCAUACCAGUACCAGGCAUACCAGUACCGGGCAUACCAGUACCGGGCAUACCAGUACCAGGCAUACCAGUACCGGGCAUACCAGUACCGGGCAUACCAGUACCGGGCAUACAUACCCAUACCAGGCAUACCAGUACAGGCAUACCAGUACCGGGCAUAUCAGUACCAGGCAUACCAGUACCAGGCAUACCAGUACCGGGCAUACCAGUACCGGGCAUACCAGUACCAGGCAUACCAGUACCGGGCAUAUCAGUACCAGGCAUACCAGUACCGGGCAUACCAGUACCGGGCAUACCAGUACCAGGCAUACCAGUACCAGGCAUACCAGUACCGGGCAUACCAGUACCGGCAUACCA